AUGCUCUGCAUCCAUUGGCAAGAGGUGCUAGACGUGUUGCGUGGGAUGCUGCCAAACGAUGCCGUUUACACCGGACACAAGCUCGUGGGGUUUACACAGGGAGCGGAGGAGGCGGAGGGGGAAGGGGGUGGUGGGGAGAGUGGGGCAGGCAUGGGGAGUGGUUUGGUGAAAUGCGUCUUUCGAAAGGUGUCCGGUGGUGAAGAGCGGUUGCUGGAGGUGGAGACCCCUGUGCUGCUGGGGGCGGAUGGCAUUCAUUCGGAGACUCGGAAGCACCUGCUGGGGGGGGAGGAGGGGCGCAAUGGGAGUGGCGGGGCAGCAGGAGAGGGACUGCUUCUGCCACGGCACGCACUCUCUUUUAUCGGCCUCAACCGCACUGCAACCGUCGUCGACACUGGAGGAGGAAAGCUCUACUGGGUGUUGACGCUCGUUGAUUCCGCCGAUCCGACGGUCAGCAGCGCGCGGUCCAGCGGGGGGGAGGAGGCACAGGAGAAGAUCCUACGGGCAUUCGAGGGUUGGGAUGUGAUGACUCAGCUGGUCAAGGCCACUCCCCCCGACCUCAUUCUCGAACGCCGCGUGCUCGACCUGUCGCUCCUGCCCUUCUGA